AUGAAUAGAGGUGGUCAUUCAAGAUAUUCACACCCACCAAGAGGUGGAAGAGGCGGUUAUAGAGGCGGUGGUUAUAGAGGAAAUUAUAGAGGUUCAUCAUCUGCUCCUUAUUAUAGACCUAAUCUUGAUCGUUCGUCAUCAUCAUCAAUACCAAAUAAUCACCGUCAUUAUAAGGAUAAAAUUCAAGAUAAAUAUGGAAAUCCAUGGAUUCCUUUAUUGGAAUUAAAAGGCGAAUCAACUAUACAAAAAUUUGAAUCAAAUUUCAAAGAAUCUAAUCAAUUAAAUCAAGAAAUUCUAGUAUUAGAGAAGAAACAAAUGAAGAUUGAAUUAGAGUUGAAAAAUCUAGAGCUACAGGCUAAAAGAAUCGAAUUAAAUCAACAAGAUAUGACUGAAAAGUUGAAAAUACUUUAA